AUGAGCGGCGGCAUCCGGCGGUUGGUGAACCUGGGGGUGUAUGAUGGGCGCAACCGUGUAUAUUCGCUCCGACGUUUGGACCUCUCCAAGAUGGGCUUGUUUCACCGGACGGCAGAAGAGGCGGCCGCGGAUGGCAAGCUGCUGCCAACACUCACGCCCGCCAAGGCCUCGGCGCCCAACAGGAGAAGGAUCUGCAAGGCUGACCUGGCGGCGGCGGAGGCCGCGGCGCCCACCAUCCGGACGCCGGCGAGCGAGCUGGUCAUUAAGUCACCGGAAGUAUCAAGCAGCCUGCCGACCCAUCACCGCGUCCAUUUCCUCCCCACCGCCUCGGAGGACAAGGUCGUCUUGGGCGACCGCGCGAACCGCAUGUUCCGCUUCGAUGGCGGCGAGGGCCGCCGCUGGAUCGAGAGCCUGCCAAGCCUCCACGAGCACAAACACUCGCCGCUGUCCAUCGCCGUCCCUCCGUCGGACGUGCACCUGCAUGACGGCCAAGACGGCGGUGACAUGUACAUCAUCGAUAGGAUCCUCCAUCCAGACAAGUCGGAGGCGAAGCCGCAGUUCGAGGCCCUGGUGUGGAGGGCGGAGCACCCGCGCUCCUUUUGUAGAAGUACCUGGCACUGCGACAUCCUUUCGCUACCGCAGUGGAUCAUCCACCAGAAGCACGCCUACGUCUGUGGUCACGCCCUCGUCGGCGGCGACACCAUCUGCUUCUCCAUCGCCGAAGCCGAGGGCACUGGCACCUACUGCUUCCACAUCGCUAGUCGCGAGUGGAGUAAGGCUGGCGACUGGGUUAUGCCAUUCCAGGGCAAGGCGGAGUAUGUUCUGGAGCUCGGGCUCUGGUUCGGCGAAUCAAGCGGCCUCCCCUGCGCCGCCAAUAUCUCUGGCGUCGUCAGAGGGGAGGAGCCAUUGCAGGAGAAAUUGCGGAUCUGGGUGGAUGAUGACCUGCCAGAGGAGUGGCAACCGAGCGAAUUGUGUAGGUCCAAGGUCAUCAGCCUCGGUUUGGGCAGGUUCAUCGUAGUAGACUUCUUGGAUGCCAUGGUACUCGACAAGGAUUGCAACGAGAUGGUUACGGGCAAGCAAUUUGCCCUCUUCACUGGUAUGGAGGUAGUGUACGAUAACGGCCGCAGCAAGGGCAGUGUCAAAAAUGUCAGCAAUGGUGCUGGCAAAGACAAUGACAACUACAAUAGUGAUACCAAAGGGAUGAUGCGUGGCCUACGUAUGGUUAAGCACAAAUCCAAACGUUACAUGUUUAACGUGCAACAGAGUAUCGACGCGGUGCUGUAA